AUGAGUGCUCAUUCAGGUCAAGACGAAGAUUGGUCGAUUAUAUCCUCUUCCUCUGAUUUAGAGGAUGAUCUUUCUUCUUCAUACCACAGGGACGCAAAUCAUCACGAUUUCGGAGAAGAAGGUCUCCGCGGCUUGGAUAAGAGUUUAGAUAAGUCCCAAACACAAAGCGUGUCGUAUGUGUACGAAGGAAACACCUGGGUUAGAAAGGAUAAGUCCUUUCCUGACCUGUCUCUCCACACUAUCACCACUCAAACUGGUGUAGAUCAUGCCGCUCAAGAAGGAAAUUCUCCGCAGUCUGCUCAAUCCGUCUUGUCUGGCGAUUGUUCUGAGUCUGUCAAUCUGGAAGGGAGAGACUCGAAUUUCGGUGGCAACACCAAUUGUGGCGGCAUCAAGGGGAAAGACGCUCAUGGCGCUUGCGUGGUAAGAAAUACCAGUUCAUGCAAUCUUUUCAGCAGAGUUGACAGCGCAGUGAGAUUUGUGUCUGCGUGGUAUUUUGAUUUGACUCUAGGCGCCAUCUUACGUAGGCUUCAUGUCAUGAAGAGAACUUGUGGCAACGACUCUAAAACUCAGAACUGCACCGUAAAAAGAACCUCGCAAAAGGUUAUUAAUGGAACAAUCGAUGUUCUUGAGUUUGCCUCACAGUUCAAGGAAAUUUGGCUCUACCAGACUAUGUUGGUUUUUGUGACCAUCCUAGCGUUCUUUCAAAUUCAUCUGAAGGUGACAUCGCCAAAGGAACCCGACUCGAUGUUCACUCAAAUUCAGUCCUGGGUCAACUACCCUGCCUGGCAGAAUGUCUAUGAGAAAGCAAUGUACGAGGAUGGACCUGUUUCGCACUCGUUCUUUGGGUUUUCAACUGCUGGGCCAAAGAGAUUGAGGGUAUUGCGAUACUACGACCUAGCUCGCCAGGAAUGCGCACCUUUAAUAAAUAAGGCUCUGGGUCUUUCGUCUCGAAUUAUGCACCACGCACAGGGUGUAUGGCCUCAAGUCAAGCAAAUGGUAGUUGACCACUGGCCACAAAACCCACAUAUCCAGGAGAGGUUGUUAAUUCUGAGGAAAGCACUCUACCAUUAUACCAAAUUAUCGAAAUCCGCCGCGGCCAAUUUUUGGGCCCAGCAUCUGCCCUUCGUGUAUCACCUACGUGACGAACUGAUGAGCCAGGCUACCCGGAUGUUCAAGUUGUCUUGUUUGACAGCCAACGCCAUAUUGAAGGAUGGCAAGAUCUACAGUUCAAGGGCAAUAUCAUCUGUCAAAGCGUGGGGAAGCUCGAACAUGGGAAAGGCGUCGUUCUUUGACUUCAAUUCUUUCAGGGAUCGUUUUGGCCAGGAGAACAAUGCUGUAAUGCUGCCCCUCAAUAGAUUCAAACAAUCCCCAGGCUACACCUUUUUGGCAAGGGCAUAUCAAUCUCUCACCGAGAAGGUCGUUUGUGCCUUCAAGUAA